UCCUUAAAUUCAGGCUGAGACAUGGACAAGAGCGUGACAUAGGACUCACAGUCCAAGCUGGUAUUUCCCCAGUGCUAUCAUUUUCUAGCCUUACUUUCACAUCUUACCCAUAUUAAACCAUCUUGGGAAUAGCUGAGAACAGUGCCUUGGAUCUUUCCAUUUACAUCCCUCUGCCUCUAUGAGCUGCAUCUUCUUUGCAUGGUGCAACAUGCAGCCAUGUAAUUCUAACGGUCUGAUAUAGUUUGUGAUGGAAGUAAAGCUUAGGUCAAGUUAGCAGAAAUCAUCUCAGAUUUGAUGCUGUUUGCCAACAGAACAGAUUAACGUUUUGUCUUGGGGUUCCCUGUAGUUUAACUCUUUGCAGGUGUAAUUAAGUGGACAGGAGGAGGGCAGAGGGAUGGCAAUAAUGGGGGUUUUCCUGCUGGAAUGCAGCUGUAACCCAGCUGGGGGCUGUACACCAAGUGCUGGUUUCAAUAAGACCCAGCAAGAGUUAGUUUUCUCCUUUAAGAAAUACAGAUUACUGGGAAAUAAUUCUGUAUUAAUGCGCUGGGAAGAUUUGUUGUACUGCAUGGCAGAGCAUGACAGGGAUCCCCACAUUGCCACGAGAGGUCACUGCGUGCCUCAAGAACACCCAAAGCAAUGCCCAGCUCUGUGGCUCCCAGCUCCACAAGGAUCCAGACCCCAAGACAGGGUACUCCUCUGGGAUUGCUUUAGUAGAGGCAGAGGAGUUGGCUUUGGGCAUCUCCUGUUGGCUUCAAUCUAGCUCUGAGUGGGAGUAACUGAACGUUAUCAUGUAAUAAUUGGUUUAUGUGAACUGUGUUGGUGGUUUGAGCCAAGCUCCACAAAGCGCACAGCCUCACUGCCUAGUUCAGCACAUAUAAGUGUGUCUCAGGGCUGCUCCAGGCAGAGCAUGUUGGAUGUUAGGAACAAUCUCUCCUCCAAAGAGAGCUGAUGCAAUGGUACAUGUGCCCAGGGAGCUUCAGGGGGAGUCCCUGAAGGUGUUCAAAGCCCAUGAGGAUGUGGCACUGAGGGCUGUGGGCUGGAAUUGGGGACCUGAGAGGCUUUUCCAGCCUUUGUGGUUCUAUGGUUCCAUGAUUCUGGCUCUGUGCAGUUUUUCUGUUUAUUUUUUUUCUCCUUCUGCACUAAUUGUGUUGGUGAUAAGAAGCCAGCCGGUACUUAUGUAAGAGCAACCUUUGCAACAGCUCAGAUAAAAAAUAGGUAAUUAACUGCCAUUCCAUUCAUUAUUCACUUCAAUAGUGCGUCCUACAGGUCCUGCAGCAACAGAGAGAUGGGUGAAUGAGGGGCAAAAGUGGGCAAAGUCCUUCCUUAGCAUAAUUUUCCUGCCUGUUUCCCUACUGAUCCCAGCGUAAUUCUCAACUCCACGAACUCUACUUUUCCCACUGCUAGUGCUCUCUGUAGUAGCAUACGUCCUCCUGUUUGUUGUUGGUUUUGUUUUUAAAGGGUAAUUAAAUCUUAUGGUUCUAUUUCCACGUGCCAGCUGUGAGAACAGCACUGCAGAACUCUGGAUCCUCGCUCCAGAGAUUUCCCAUGGUAGACGGUGAGCUGGAAUUCACACUCAGAAAGGAAUAGUUCAAAUUCCAGCAGAAGCCCCUUCGAAAUUCACAAGUCACAAUGCAUAGCUGAGGUUCAAAGUACUGAAAAUCCCACAGUAAUAUGCCAAGGGAUGUGAUAUUUCCAAGAGAUAUUUCUUUCCUCUGGGCUGCAGAAGGAGCUUAGGGUCGGAUAAGACAACAAUCUUGAUUGUCCCAGAUCCAGGAAACCAACACGACAUUCAACAAACUCCCCCCAGGAUGAGCCAAAAAGUAUUUAUGUGCAGAAUGAAGAUGUUUGAUGAAUACAGUAGAUGGUAUGGAAAAUUCAGUCUUGCAAAUAAUGCAGUUAAAUCAACGUCCUUUACUGCUUUCCCACUUAUGAGUAAGAGGUAUAAAGUCCAGAAGGGCUCGGGUUACCUUUUCAUACUCCUGGCUUACCCUUAACAUGCCAUACAAUGGAGAGAAGGGUUGGGUGUGUCCUUUCCUAGGGUUUUGCUGGUGCUCCCAGUGGUGGCAGGACGGCUCCAUCUCCACAGGCUCUUUUGGGACACUGGGAAGGUUUUGGACUCCAAAGGCACUCAGUUCUCAUAGUCCCGCAGAUGGUGUUCGUGCCUUCAGUCUGAUGGAUUUAAAUAUGGAAGGGGAAUUCUGAGAGCGUUGGGAAUACGCUGGAAAUAAAAGCGUGGGAAAAUAAGCUGAAGGGGACUUUGUGCUGCUGCCUGUCUGCAACGGGGCAGGAGAAAGCUUGGAAAAAUGGAGAAAAAGGCAACGAGCAACGAGACUCAGCCACUGACUUCCAAGAAAGGUACCUCAGACUGUAACGAGGGAGAAGACUGUAAAGAGAAUGGACUGCUGAUCAGGAACCCUAAAUCUGCCCUACGGCUCAUGGAGGAUGGGAAUAAAGUCCAUCCUGGACAGGGAGAUAAAGAGGAGGCAGCUCAGAUCUCAAAUGGUUAUUCGGGAGUGCAGAGCUCCGUGCCUUGCAAUGGGAUGGGAGAGGUGGAGGAUGUGCAGUGCACUGCCCCGGCAGCCACCACCACCACCACAACCACCACGUCCACCACGUGUGGAGCAGAGGGUCAGCAGCAGCUGAUGGAGCUGGAAGACAGAGAGACCUGGGGUAAAAAAAUUGACUUUCUGCUCUCUGUCAUUGGAUAUGCAGUGGAUCUGGGAAACGUGUGGAGAUUUCCUUACAUAUGCUAUCAAAAUGGAGGAGGAGCAUUCCUCAUUCCUUACACAAUUAUGGCCAUCUUCGGUGGUAUUCCCCUCUUCUACAUGGAAUUAGCAUUAGGACAGUACCACAGGAAUGGGUGUAUUUCAAUCUGGAGAAAAAUAUGUCCUAUAUUCAAAGGCAUUGGCUUUGCCAUCUGUGUAAUAGACCUCUAUGUAGCCUCCUAUUACAACACCAUCAUGGCGUGGGUCUUCUACUACCUCGUGUCCUCCUUCACCACGGAGCUGCCAUGGACCAGCUGCAAUAAUGCAUGGAACACAGACAACUGCACGACCUACUUCAGCAAGGACAACGUCAGCUGGGCCCUGCACUCCAUCUCUCCUGCAGAAGAAUUUUAUACACGCCAAGUUCUACAGGUGCAUAGGUCCAAUGGGCUGGAUGACCUGGGGGGCAUUAGCUGGCAAUUGACCCUCUGUUUAUUGUUAAUCUUCGUCAUUGUAUACUUCAGCAUCUGGAAAGGGGUCAAAACAUCCGGCAAGGUGGUGUGGGUGACGGCCACGUUCCCUUACAUCAUACUUUUUAUCCUGCUAGUGAGAGGGGCAACUCUGCCCGGUGCCUGGAGAGGGGUCCUCUAUUACCUGAAACCUGAAUGGCAGAAGCUCCUGGCCACUGAGGUCUGGGUGGAUGCAGCAGCGCAGAUUUUUUUCUCCCUCGGCCCAGGCUUUGGGGUCCUGUUGGCUUAUGCCAGCUACAACAAGUUCCAUAACAACUGCUACCAAGAUGCCCUGGUUACCAGCACUGUGAACUGCCUGACCAGCUUCGUGUCCGGGUUUGUCAUUUUCACUGUGCUGGGGUACAUGGCCGAGAUGAGGAAUGAAGAUGUGUCAGAGGUUGCCAAAGACAUGGGACCCAGUUUGCUCUUCAUCACCUACGCCGAAGCCAUUGCCAACAUGCCUGCCUCAACUUUCUUUGCCAUCAUAUUUUUCUUGAUGUUACUCACUUUGGGAUUAGACAGCACUUUUGCAGGACUGGAGGGAGUGAUUACCGGAGUACUGGAUGAAUUCCCACACAUCUGGAGCAAGCGCAGGGAGUUCUUUGUCCUCGGUCUGAUCAUCGUUUGCUUUUUGGGGUCAUUAGCAACCCUGACUUUUGGAGGAGCGUACGUGGUGAAGCUGUUUGAGGAAUACGCCACGGGCCCAGCUGUGCUAACAGUGGUGUUCCUGGAAGCGGUGGCAGUGGCCUGGUUCUAUGGCAUCACCCAGUUUUGCAAUGAUGUGAAAGAAAUGCUGGGCUUCACCCCAGGCUGGUACUGGCGAUUGUGCUGGGUGGCAAUCAGUCCCAUCUUCCUGCUGUUUGUCACUUGCAGCUUUCUAUCCAGCCCCCCUGAGCUACGGCUUUUUGAUUACAACUAUCCCUACUGGACCACAGUAGUGGGCUACUGCAUAGGAACCUCUUCCAUCAUCUGUAUCCCAAUCUACAUGGCUUAUCGGUUGAUCAUCACUCCUGGAACAUUUAAGGAGCGUAUCCUGAAAAGCAUUACUCCAGAAACAGCCACAGAAAUUCCUUUUGGAGACAUCCGCAUGAAUGCAGUGUAAGCCAACCUGGUUUCUGGGGAGAGAGGGGAAGCACAGAAGCAAACUUUCCACCCAAGGAAUUAUGUUUCCAGCUGAGAUAACAACAGGAUGAGUUUUCUGUGGAGGUUCUGACACUGACUACGAACAUUUGGAAACAUGAUGCCUCCAAGCACAUCUACCCAAGCAAUUCAAUGAAACCUGCCAUGCACUUCUAACCAGACUGACCUGAGAACCAACUCAUUCUGGAAACACGAGGAUGUCUGUGUGUGUGUAAGGACACCAACACUCCACACACGGGCACUGGGGCUGUUGCAGAAGCCUCUCUAGGAUGAGCAGCAGCAGCAGUAGGAUUAGGUUUAGAAUCUCAAGUCUGUGGGCAGUUCUCCUGUAUCUUCCUCCAUGUGAUUGUUCGUACUGGGCAAUGUUGUAUUCGCUUCUAAAGUUCUAAUUGCUUCAACUACUACAUUGAAAAAUACAAAAAUAUUUCCAAUAGCCAUAUAUUACUCAAUAACACAGGGUUUUAUAAACUAAUUAGUAAGUUCUCCAGCUCCUGGGUUUGUAGUGGAGUCGUCAGAGGAAGCAACCUCCAGCAGCACCGUACACAGCUCUGCACAAAUCAACAUGCACACUUGGUAACAUUAUCCUCCUCAUUUCAGCCAUAGAUCGCAUGUUUCUAUUGUUUCUUGUUUAAUACUACAAAGCCAGUUGUUGUAACGUGGGCUUCACAAGUCAAGCAACAAAAAGGUCUCGUGGAUCACCUGGCAAGCUCUGAAGCUGCUAGCACAGCUAAGCUACGUAUUCACAAUAUCCUUGUACUCCCAGACCAUGUGUUUACACCCAAGGAAGCUACACGACAACAAUGAAUUACUUUGAGUUCAGAUGUCAGAAAGGGGACUCUCACAGGAUCUGCUUCUCUCCUGUUUAUUUAUUAAAUUUCAGUUCCACAGCUAAGAUUGGCUGCAGCCUUGUGGCUUUCUCUGCUGUUUCCUAGUACAGACCUCAAGUUUAGCCCAAGCCUUUUGGCUGGCUGACAGAAGCAUGUUUACACAAACCUACCACCAAGAUUUACUCGCUCCUACUCUUAUGUGCAUACAUUUGGUUUUCACCCUAAGAAUAACAGAGUUGCCUGUUUUUUUUUAACAAGCAGUUGAGUUCAUCAGGAGAGAUUCUGAUCAGAACUGAUUAUAUUCAGGUUUGAAGCACUGAUGAGAUACAAACUUCCAUGUAUGUACUAACCUUGUCGUAUUAUAUCUGUACAUCUGCCUCCAAUGGGAGCUGCCCUGUAGACAGGUCGUCACUGCCAAAUCAAUUGGAGGACAACAGUUUUGCUGUAGUUACAUGGGAAUUUAGAUGAAUGUGUAUAGUCAUAAUUCGCAUAACGACAUUGCAUUUUCACUCCACCACGUAGUUAUAAAAGUCUAAGUAGAAUGAAGCAGAGCAUAACUGCCUCUUUUGCAUUUCAUGGUUUACUUAGGAAACUUACUGCUAUACAAUCAAGGACAUGAUACAUGCACACAUAGCAGCAGGCAAUGAGAAACUGAGAAACACUGAAGAGUUUACAUCAGUAUAAAGCACAUAAGAAAGCAGGGAAGGCGAUUCUAUGAUCACUUUCUGAAAGCACUCACCUCACUUCCACCACUGCUACUGACCUGAGUUUUCCUAUCUUUAGCUCCCAAUCCCAACUUCCAACAAGGAAAUAACCCAGAGGGACAAGGACUGUUCUGUGCAAAUCACAAACAAAGGCCUCCUACACUAUUUUUUAGUAGGGAGUCUGUUCAUGCACUGCCACCAGAAAAACAUAAUAAAUUUGUCUUACUGGAUGCUUACUCAUACAGAACAGUUUUGCAAUUUAGCCCCUCCGGGAUAUCUGAAAACGACUUCCAGAACCGUCUUCAUGGUGAGCAAAAGUUGAACCAGAUAUGCACUAAGAGUAACAGUGAUAUUACAGCAGAAUUAGUUCAAUUAAGUAUCAGCAUUGCCUGCAUCAAAGCCAAUGUUUCUUCUUGAGCCCUUGCAAGCAAACUGAAGCUGAGACUGUUAUUCCUAAUGGAAUAAUUUGCAGAGUAAUAGCUGCUAAAAUCGCUGCUUCUUAGCAUUCAAUACUUCCAGCAUGUUCUUCCUUAGUAACAGCAUCUUAAAUGGCAAAAGAGGCAUCUGUAGCUUGUAUUAAGACACUACAUACAGUGCCACACACGUUGCCUCACUGGGAGGUGGUAGCACGGAAUUCUGAUGAGCUGCCCAAGAAAUGCCAUGUUUUCCCAGCAGACUAAACCAGCCAAGAAGCCCCAGGUUUUUCUGUUUGAAUUUCUCAGCUGAAAAAAAAUCCAGAUAAACACACCCUGACUAUAGAUGUGCUGCGAGAGAUUUAAGUGUCUGAAAUCACUUGAAGAUGGAAACAAAAAGCAUUGUCACAAAUAGGCAGCUCUGGAGAUCCAUAGUAGUGUUACGUCUCCAUCUCUUUUUCACCAGGACAAUCCAGUGCAGGGUCUGUAUAGGAACAGAGGGUAAGGAAGCCCUCAGGUAAACUAACAAGUUCUCUUUUCCUGUCCAACACAAAGAUAAAAACCAUCUGUGUUUUCAUUCCAAUUAAGAUGAAUUAGCAAAGUGAUUCAGUUCCCAUUAGUUUUUAGGUGGCAUACGGGUUUCAGCUUUUCUAGACCUUAUAAGUUCAUUUCAUGAUACCUCUGAUCAUUGUUUUUAUCCGAAAUACAGUUACUUAGAUACCAAGUGGGCUGCACUGCAAUUCCAAGUGUUAGAGGCAAAGAAAUCCCUUCCCAACUCACAUCCCACUUAUCUGCCAUACCAGAACACCCCACACUCUAUAAUGAACACUGAAAAAGGAGUUAAUGAAACUGCUACAUUAGGAACAGGUUCCUUUCGAGCAGGAAUUAAACUGGAGUUUUAGCUGUACAGAAUUAGGCAUUCCCUCCACCUUGUACAUGGAUGCACCUGUAUUAAUUUAUGCAGCUGUUUAGUUACAAGUGUUGCAAGCUGAUUGUAAGUUAUCAGUAUGUGCCUUGUACUGUAAACUGUUAUUGUAAUAAAUUUAAUAACCAUAAUCCAUCCA